AUGAACGCAAUUCGAGUUGCUCUGGCUGUGUUUGGCUUGAUUGGGACUGGACUGAAUACAAUCGUACUGUAUGUGCUGUUCAAAGUCAGAAUUGGUUCCCGUAUGACCACAGUACACAUGCGUUGUCAGUGUGUGUUAGACGGUUAUACUUGUUUUAUCACAUUUCUCUACAAAGUGAUCGGGGCGUCUAUAGUGACCGGGUUGCCCGGACUGGAUGCUUUUCUCUGUGUGGUUUGGUUUCAAGACAACCUGAUUUGGAUCGGAAUCAUCAUGAGUCUGCUUAAUAUUGCCUGUGUUUCACUUGAUCGCUUUGUGGCCGUGUUCUUCCCGGUUCAAUACCGUUUGCAACAAAAUCGCCUGUUGUACUUCACGUUUACCUAUAUCAUCCUCACCGGCACUGUCGUGUUCCUUCCCAACUUCCUUUAUCGCCAGUAUCGCGAUGGUCAGUGUGUGCACAACUCCUCUCAUCAUGGCCCCGCGGUGGAGACGUACCUGAAAUAUGAUGCGUACUCUUGGCUCGUACUGAUAUAUCUCAUACCCAUCUCAUUCAUGACCGUGUCACAUGCGCUCAUCAUAUACGGGAUCACGAAGCGUAUGAAACACACAACCGGACCGAACGCUACAAUGAAGCGCCUGACCGUGACUACAUUGUUGAUGGCCAGUAUUCUGAUCCUGAGUCACUCGUACGACUUGUCCACCUAUACGUUGGCCUCACUCAAACUGACCCGGUAUCAAUAUUUAUCAACUAGUCAACAACUCGGGGUUUUGUUUAUCAUUUGGUCCAGUUGUCUUCUGCCCUGUGUACUGGCCAGCAUGAAUAGAUCAAUACGGGGAUACUUGCAUACGAAUUUGUUUCUGUGCCUACGUUUUUGCAAAAUUCGAGCAGGUCAACCGGAAACAAAGUCAGAUGAUGUGUUUGUUUUGUCAAAUUCGGGACACGAAGGUGAAUAA